AUGGAGGGUUUGUUCUUCAACAUAGAGAAUGGUUACAUUGAGGCUUUGGUACGUGGUUAUCGUUCAGGUCUGUUAACGUCAAGUCAAUAUAUCAAUUUAACCCAAUGUGACACAUUGGAAGAUCUCAAACUGCAACUGAGUUCCACUGAUUAUGGUAACUUUAUGGCUAAUGUUCCGUCGCCACUCUCAACUUCUACGAUUCAACGCAAAGCCAGUGAUAAGUUAUACGACGAGUUUAACUACAUUCGUUCUCAGUCUACGGAUUCACUAGCUAAAUUCAUGGAUUACAUUACUUACGGUUACAUGAUCGACAAUGUUGCUCUGAUGAUCACUGGUACCAUUCACGAAAGAGACCGUAGUGAAAUUCUGGACAGAUGUCACCCCUUGGGUUGGUUUGAUACGUUGCCUACCCUAAGUGUAGCUACCGAUAUUGAAAGUUUGUACCAGACAGUUUUGAUUGACACUCCACUGGCUCCUUACUUUUACGAUUGCCUGAGCGCUGAGGAUUUGGAUGAUCUCAAUAUUGAAAUCAUUAGAAAUAAGUUAUACAAGGCCUACUUGGAGGAUUUCUACAAGUUCAGCCAGACACUUCCAAGUCCUGCAAAUGAAGUCAUGGAUCGUCUACUACAAUUUGAAGGCGAUAAAAGAGCGAUAAAUAUUACACUAAACUCAAUUGGUACUGAGUUAACUCCUGAGGUCAAACUAGAAAUAUUCCCUCAGUUAGGAAGUUUGAUCCCUUUCCAUUUAGAACUUUCAAGAGUUGAAGAUUCGGAGACUCUGAAAGGUAUCGUUUCUAAUGUGGGAACAUACAAAGAUUUUUUCGGUAGUGAUGAUGAUAAAAACUUAGAAGACCACUUCUACCAACAUGAGAUGAAUCUUUGUCGAGACGCCUUUACUCAGCAAUUCACCAUUUCAACCAUCUGGUCAUGGGUGAGGUCUAAAGAACAAGAAGUCAGAAAUAUUACAUGGAUAGCAGAAUGCAUUGCUCAAAACCAAAAAGAAAGAAUUAACAACUACAUUUCUGUUUAUUAA